AUAGGAUCCUUUCCGCAGGCGGCGACGUGGGAGCCGUAUCCAGUCCCCAAUCCCAUCUGGCGCGGUGGCGCCCCCCGCCGUCCUCCGCCGCCGUUGCCCAAAUCCAGCUAUGACUCAUCAACCAACGCGCGCGCACAAAUAAAAGAGCCCGGAUUACGCACGACGCAACCUCCAGAGCUCCCCAUCAUCAAUCACCCAGCCAAUCACCAGUCUUUCCCAACCGAAACCGCCUAAUCCGUCCAUCAAUCAAUCCUGUAGUUUUAGUUUAUGCCGACCUGAAUUCGUUCCACCCUCCGGAGUCCAACCCCGCAUCCCCUCCACCUCCGAUUCGCCUUCUGCCAAUCCACAAACCCUGCCUUCCCCUGCUUCCUCCUUCAUAGCCCUCCCCCUGUCUUGAUUCUUUGCUUCUAGGACCAGGAAUCGCCGAGACCCCGUUUCUUGGAUUGUUUCUUGCGAGCAGGACAGGAGAGGGCAAGCGCAUUGGUUUUCUUGGCCUCGAGUCGCCGUCGUUGUUCCCCCUGGUCGGCGCCAUGAGUAAUACGCUGCUCCGAGUCUACCCUUCCGAGCUCAAGUUGCCAUUCGAGCUCAAGAAGGCGAAUUCAGGAUGCAUCGAGCUCGUCAACAAGACCGAAGAGCGCGUUGCUUUCAAGGUGAAAACGACGAACCCAAGAAAGUACGCGGUGCGGCCGACCUCCGGCAUCGUGCCGCCUGGGGGAUCCUGCGGUAUCACGAUCACGAUGCAGGCGCCCAAGGAGAUCCCUCAGGAUUACCAGUGCAAGGACAAGUUCCUUGUUCAGAGCGUCGUUGUGCAGGAAGGGAUAACGAAUAGGGACAUCGUCCCUGAGAUGUUCAAUAGAGCGCCUGAUAGGGUGGUGGAGGAGUUCAAGCUGCGGGUGGUUUACAUCCCUGCGAAUCCCCCCUCACCAGUGCCUGAGGAGGAUGAGGAAGAGAUUGCGGAUUCAGAGAUAGACCAUGAAGUGUUCAGACAAUCCAUGAUCCAUCCUGCAUCUAGGCAAGGACACACAUCUGGAUCACAACCUUCACAUGAUGAGGAGGUUUCUAUGGUUAAUUCAGAAGUGGCUAAAUAUGUAGAUGAAAACAAGAAGCUUCAGCAAGAGCUGGAACUGCUUAGGGAAAGAAACCAAUCUUUUGGAGGUUUCUCGCCUAAGUUUGUGCUCUUCGUCUUCCUGUUAUUUGUCCUUGUUGGAUACUUGAUGACAGGUCGGAAGGUUUAGUGCCACAUCAUUCUACAACUUCGAUUAUGCCUUGGUUACCCCUUGUUUUGGAUGCUUUGUCUCUUCGCCUUUUUAGAAUAGUCUACACUGUAUAGAAAGGGUUUUCUGGUUUUGAUGUUAUACAUGUGCUGGGACUUGGGAGUGUACAUUUUUUUUUGGAAUAUGCAGAAAGGUGUAUUGCAUGUCUCUUACAUUAAGAACUUGCCCCAUCAGAACUGUGAUGUUUCUUAUUUCACCUUAUCAAUCUCUAUGGGCUUUUGUUCCCAGUUUCCACCA